AAGAUAGAAUAAUACAAAACCAAAAAAAGAAAUUUCAAAAAAUAAAUAAAUCCAUACAACAGAAAUACUGGUGCAAGUACAGAAAGAGAAAAUUAGAGAGUGAAUUUAAACCUCCAUCCCCUAAAAAGUCUGAAUCCUACGAAACUUCCUGGAAGCUCCCUCCCCCCCACUUCCAUGGCUUCCUCCCUCCCCUUCUUAACCCUCUUCUUCCCUUCUCUUUCCCCUCAUCCCAAUUCCCCCCUCUCUUUCUCUCUCCUCCCUCCUACUUUCUCUCUCCUCCUUCAACCGCCAUUAAAAACCUCCUUCAUAACCAGAAAUCACCUUCAAAACCACCACUACAAUGAAGCAACUCCUGAAAUCAAUGAACCCUAAACAGAUAUUCCGGUCCAAAAAACCCAAAUCAUCUCCAUCAAUCACAAAAUCCGAACCACCCUCAUUCGGAUCCUCCUCUUAUUCCUCCUCAACCUCCUCCGAUUCCUCAACCCACCAUCAUUCGGGCUCAAAACCGGGCCGAACCAAGUCCGAGGACAUCUCCCUCAGGCCCGGCCCGUGGACUGAAGAAGCCUUCAAAAUGAUCGACCUCGACGGCGACGGCAAGAUCACCCGAGUCGAACUCCACUCACUCUUCAAGCGCGUGAGAGUAAACGCACCGUCGUUGAGCGAAGAAGAGGUGGCGGCAAUGAUCAAGGAUAUCGACAUGGACGGAGACGGGUGCAUCAGCCUAAAAGAGCUGGAGGCCGUUGGAUCUGCGCUUGAUCCGACGGCUGCGAAUGAAGAAGAUCUAAAAGGUGCGUUUGAUUUCUUUGACUCGGAUCAUGAUGGGAAGAUAUCGGCGAGUGAGUUGCACGCGGGGUUUGUUGCGUUGGGGGAUGAACGGUGUACGUUAGAGGAUUGCCGGCGUAUGAUAGAAGGCAAUAGGCGUAGCUUUGCGAAAAGAGGGAUAAUGUAGACGAGAUGCGAUAUUGUAAUGAUGGAGACGAGAUAAGAUUUGUCCUAAAAUAUACGGCUAAUCUGGCCUUGUAAGAAACUUAAAUUUGAAUCUCUUACGUAUGUGAAAUUAUCUAGAAAUCAAUGUGAAUUGAUUUGAAGUUAAUUUCAUAGAGUUUUUCCGCGAAGUUGCCUAAACUUAGCUGACAUGCCAAGUAUGUGACAGCCACAUACUGAUUCAAGUGUGAUAUGUACGAAAAAUAUACGGAUAUUUUGAUACGAAGUACUCCGUAUAUCACCGCAAGGUUGACCAAUGAGCUACUUCCAUACUAUAA